CAUGAAACUAUCGCCACGGUUCCUGUUAACCAGUACAACGACUCUACGGCACUUUCACGAUUCUCGCCUCCUCCUUUUUCAGAAGUGCCCGAGGUCACUCAACCUACGCAAAUCCUUGACACUCCCAUCGCCGCACGUACGGAUCCGAACUCCAUCGUCCAAGUCGCCGCUUCUUCUCCGCUCCACUAUGCGCAGCCUUCGUCCUCUCCUCCCUCAAAAUUGUCCAUGGCCGGAAUAGCUCCGCCUGGUACGAUUUUCCGUCCUCCUCCCCGGGCACGGCCUACGGCCAAGGCCAGCUUCGAUGACGAUCCACCCGUCGCCGACUCGUCCGAGGAUGAGCUGUCCAAGGCCGACAUAAAACCGUCAUCCUUCUCGAGGCGUCGCAUAGCGGAUAUUGCGGGGGAUCAAGCUCCUUCUGCUUUCAAGCAGAUCAUGUCACAGUUUGAGUUUAAAGGAUCGGGUUCACAAAAGCGACCAGCGGAUGAUUCGGCGAGCGCAUAUGCGGCAGGUCGAAGGAGGCCACAACAACCGCCGCGCCAGCAAGGACCCGCGCGCGCUCAACCUGUGGAAAUUACCAUGGAUGACAUUCCGGACUUUGAGCUUCAGCAAAAGGUUAAGCGGAUGCAAGCCGUCUAUCCGCAUGUUUCCAUUACCACUCACUACAAUGCGCUUCUCACUAAGAAAGGGAACUUUGAUGAUGCUAUGGUGUACGUGUGUGAGUUGGAGGACAAGGAACAGGCUUCGAAAGUAAAGAACACCAUUGAUCUCACGUCCGACGACGACAAACCACAGCCAAUCAAGCCCAAGAACAUUGCCAAGAGGGAGGUUAAGACGACCAAAUCUAUCCAAGACAAGUGGGGCUCCACGCAAACUGCGAAGCGUGACGUUGCGCCUAGCAAGUCUAUCCAAGAGAAAUGGUCUGCUAAGCAGCCACAACGUCUUUCUGAUUUUGUGGAGGACCGUUCUUCUCCGGUAGAGAGUUCACCACCAAAGACACGUAGGCGACUUGUUCAGGGUCGUAAGUCUGCGGCACCUUUGACUUCAGAGCCCGGUAGUCCCGAGAAGCCGGUAGUGAAGCCUGCGGCAAGGAAGCCUAUCACUAUAGAAUCUGACGAUGAGUCUGAUCCUGGUGUUGAAACCGCAGAGGAAGAGGAAGAGGAAGAUCUUGAACUUGAGGGGAACCUCUUGAACUUUCUCAAUACGUGUCCUGCCAAAGAAUUGGCAGAUAUUUCUAACCAGACCAUUGAAAUUGCCGAAGGAAUCAUUGCACGCAGGCCGUUCAAGAACCUAGACCAAGUCCGGAGAAUCGACCUCAACCCACCGACUGCAACCACGAAAGCUGGGAAAAAGAAGACGACCAGGAAGCCUAUUGGAGAAAAGGUCAUGGAUAUAUGCGAGGAGAUGUGGACUGGUUACGAAGCUAUUGAUGAGCUCGUGGCUCAUUGCAAUGGUCUGGCAAAGCCUCUAGCCGCAGAGAUGAAGAGAUGGGGCAUAAAUGUGUCUGGUGCGGCAAAAGAGGGUGGCGAGUUAAACCUUUUGAGUCUGGAAGAGGCGAAGAGCGAAAAAGACAGUGGAAUUGGCACACCGAGCUCGUCUGCAGCCUUGGAUGAAGAAGAGGAUGGCGAUAUCAAGAUCACCACGAGGAAGCCGCAGUUCCUACAGAAGCCAUCGGUCAUGGCCGUCAGUCUGAUUUUGAAGGACUAUCAGAUUGUGGGACUGAAUUGGUUGAAUCUCUUGUGGUCAAAGAAGCUAAGCUGUAUUCUGGCGGAUGACAUGGGUCUGGGCAAGACCUGCCAAGUUAUUUCUUUCCUGUCACACCUGUACGAAACCGGCGCUUCCGACCGUCCGCACUUGGUCAUUGUUCCCGGAUCAACCUUGGAAAACUGGCUGAGAGAGUUUAAAUCAUUCUCGCCCAAGCUGGUUGUUGAGCCUUACUAUGGCUCUCAGAAGGAAAGAGAAGAGCUCAGGAUGAACAUUGAAGAGAACAUUGACAACAUCAAUGUGAUUGUCACUACCUACGACACGGCGUGUAGGAACAGUGCCGACAACAAGUUCCUUCGCAAUCUCAAGCCUACUGUCUGCGUUUAUGACGAGGCCCACGUGCUGCGCAACAGCGAAUCCAAGCGCUACAACGAGUUGAUGCGUAUCCCUGCCGAGUUUAGGCUUUUGUUGACCGGAACUCCGCUGCAGAACAAUUUGCAGGAGUUGGUUUCUCUGCUGGCGUUCUUGAUGCCCAACAUAUUCAAGGAACAAAAGGAGAAUCUUCAGUACAUUUUCAAAAACAAGGCCAAGACAACCGACGCUAAUCACGCCGCGCUUCUUUCGAAACAACGCAUCGAACGUGCUAGGAUCAUGAUGACGCCCUUUAUUCUGCGUCGGAAGAAGCAGCAGGUGCUCAAACACCUUCCGCCAAAGACGUGUAGAGUUGAAUACUGCGAUCUGGUACCGAGCCAGAAAGCAAUCUACGAGGGGCAUCUAGAAAGACAACGAAAGGUUUUGGAGGACAGGUUGGCGGGUAGGCCCAACCAGGAGCAUGCCAACGUUAUGAUGAAGCUUCGCCAGGCCGCCAUUCAUCCGCUGCUCUUCCGGCGCAUCUACGACGAUGAAAAGCUUCGCAAGAUGGUCCGUCUGUACGUCAAGGAGUUUCCCGACCGCGAUCCGGACCUUGUCUACGAAGAUCUCGAGUGGCGAAACGAUUUCGACAUUAGCAAGAUAUGCGAAGACGUGCCAUCGGUGCUAGGCAAAUACGUGCUCAAGGACGAAGAAUGGAUGGACUCUGGCAAAGUGAAGAAGCUAGUCGAGCUACUGCAAGGGUUCCAGGCCAACGGCGACCGCGCGCUCAUCUUCUCGCAAUUCACGAUGGUGAUGGACGUGUUGGAAGCGGUGCUCAACACGAUCGACAUGCCCUUUUUCCGAAUGGACGGCGGCACGCCCAUCGCCAAGCGCCAAGACAUGCUAGACGAGUUCUACCGCGACACCAGCAUCCCGGUCUUCAUGCUGUCGACGCGCAGCGGCGGCGCGGGCAUCAACCUGGCGUGCGCGAACAAGGUCAUCAUUUUCGACUCGAGCUUCAAUCCGCAGGACGACAUCCAGGCGGAGAACCGCGCGCACCGCGUGGGCCAGAAGCGGGCAGUUGACGUGGUGCGUCUGGUCACGCGCGGCACGAUCGAAGAGCAGAUCCAUGCGCUGGGCGAGAGUAAACUCGCGCUGGAUGAGCGCGUCGCCGGUGCUGCUGGCGGAGGGGAGGCGGAGGAGAGCGCGAAGAAGGAGAAGGAGGGCGGUGCGUUGUCGAAGGCGGAGGAGGAGGGCGUGGAUUUGGUGGAGAGGAUGAUGCUGGAGGAUUUGAAG